AUGUCAGUGCAUUAGCAGAAGGAAGUAAUACUUCCUGUAGGAAGGAUGGCAAUUUUGACCUUUUAGAAGCAGGUCAUGAUCUGACUGCAAGAUGAAAAUAGAGCAAGACAAGCUGCAGUAAUAAUACCAACUCAUUCUCCGAUAGCGUAGUUCAAAGUAAGAUUAUGGCUCAUGGACUGCAGAUAAGAGAUGAAGAAAGUGGUUAUAACAAAAAUCUAUUUUGCGUUCCUAAGCAUUAUGAAGAAGAUCUAGAAAGAGUCUUCAUUCCCCAUGGACUCAUCCUAGACAGGACAGAACGUUUGGCUAGAGAUAUCAUGCAAGAUAUGGGAAGCCAUCACAUCGUUGCACUCUGUGUCCUUAAAGGAGGCUAUAAAUUCUUUGCUGACUUGCUGGACCAUAUAAAAGCACUAAAUCAAAAUGGUGAUAAAUCUGUGCCUAUUACUGUGGAUUUUGUUAGAAUAAAAAGCUACUGUAAUGAUUCACCUACAGAAAAAAUCAGUAUUGUUGGUGAAGAACUGUCUACACUAAAUGGGAAGAAUGUGUUGGUAGUAGAGGACGUUAUUGAGACUGGUAGAACAAUGAAAGCACUACUUUCAAAACUAAAAGACAACAAACCAAAGAUGGUAAAAGUUGUAAGCCUGCUUGUUAAAAGGACCCAUCAAAGUCCAGGUUACAGACCAGACUAUAUAGGCUUUGAAAUUCCAGAUAAAUUUGUGGUUGGAUAUGCUCUUGAUUAUAAUGAAUACUUCAGAGAUCUAAACCACAUCUGCAUUCUGAAAGAGAAAGCCAAAGAGAAAUACAGGAUCUGAUAAUAUCGGUCUUCUGGAACAACAGUUCUGUGGCAUGUACAGCUGUAUAGAUCAGUAAUAAGUCAUCUGCUAAUUGUAUUCUUUCCACUGAAGAACUACACUUUCUGAAGAUACUAUUCUAUGUAUUUUUUUUCCUAUAAUGAUUAUGUAAAACACCUUAAAUGUGAAUGAGUUCUGUUCAAGUUUCACCGAAACCUGAACAGAACACUGGCCAUAAACUGGAUAUUAUAUUCUGCUGGAAUCACAGGGGCCACAGCCAGGACAUGUACAUGUGUAUGUAAUUAUAUCUGGGUUUUCAUUUACCAUAUGAAGUAACACAUUAUGUGUAUUGUAUAUAAACUGCACUUAUUUUUACCUGUGAGGUUGUGUGUGUAAAUAUAUACACGUUUUAUGUAACAAAUAA